CCGCCGCGCAGCCCGGCCGCCGCCCACCGCGUUCCCGCCCGCGACCCCGCGAGCUCCUCGCCCAUGGCGGCCCCGCUCUUCCCGCGCCAGCCCUGGGCCCCCGCGCCCACCCGCUCGGAUCCCGCCGACGACUACGGGGGCCUGUUCGACGAGCCCCCCCCGGAAGAGCCCCCCGCGGCCCGCGCACCCAGGGCGGCGGCGGCGGCUGGCAGGAGGGCCGGUCGGCGCGCGGGCGGGAGGGCGCAGGGGGCCCGCGCCGGGCAGCCCCCCAAGGCCGCGGUGCGCCCCCAGCCCGAGGAGGAGGAGCCCCCCCGGGACGAGGGCUGCUACCUCGACCAUUUCCCACACCUCUCCAUCUUUAUCUACGCGGCCAUCGCCUUCUCCAUCACCUCCUGCAUCUUCACCUACAUCCACCUGCAGCUGGCCUGAGCGGCCGGGGUCGGGGCCGCGGGGCCCCGGGGGGCGGGAAGGGAAACCAGGGGCUCGGCGUGGCGUGUGCGGGAGACGCGCUGCACCCCCUUCAUCUAGCUUCUGAUGCUUGCUCUUUUGUCCUGUGCUUGUCACUACCUUUGUGUCCCUGCUCAUCUGGAGACAUGUCCGGAGCUGCUGCCAGAAAAGAAAUAAGGGUCUGCUUGCCCCUGAGAUUAGGGGAGGGGGCGGUCAUCCCCCGGCGUUUAGAGGAGCGGGGUGCGGCUCACGAUUAAGAUCGUGUCCCCGGACCCUACACCUCAUCAGGUGGGAGCACGCGCGGCGAGCCCAACCUUGGGUUCCUUAAGGGACGAGCUUCCGGAGAGGGCCCCGCGGGGACGGAGGGUCGGCGCCCUGGGCCAGCCGGGCCGGAGCGCUGUGAUGCUGCAUCGCCCCCCCGGAGCACCAGCCACGCCCCCCGGAGCUGGCGGACCUGAGCGCCCCGCGGGCGCCGCCGGAGCGCGGGACACGGCUUUGCGGCCGCUACCGGGCCGAGACCCACAGCCGGAGGGGCUGUCCUGGCAGGAGGCCACGCUGUCGUCGCGUCCUGGACGGCGUGGGACGCGCGGCUGCAGACCUCCCGGGACGCGGGCCCCUCGCUCGCGCGCUGCGCAGGAUGAGAUUCGGGGGCCCCGGCUGGGCUGGGGUGCGCGGGAGGGCUCUCUCUGCGUCUCUGGCGGCUUCGUGCGGGCUCUGAGCGCUGCCGCAGCAAUGGGACCCAAGACCAGGGCGUGGGGUAUUUGUCAUUAGCAAGAAUUCCAUCGGGGUUGUCAUCUCAGACCCAGAGCCCUAACACUGAAACCCACCUAUACCUUGCGGGUUACUCACCCACCUGCCAUCUCUUUUUUUACUCAUGAAUGUUAAAUGUCAUCAACUCAGCGCUCUGCUAUGUUAUCUGGAAAUGUCUGUCUUACCUCUGAUGAAAUAAAUCCCUUUUUCAGUCCCAUG